GUACUCUGCAACUCUGUGACUAACCAAGAAGUCUUAUUUUCUUUCCUCUCCCCCAAAAUCUUUUUGGAAAAUUUCCUACAAGAGCUGAAUUUUAAACACAUUUACUCUAUAGGAUGCAACAGAAAGGCAGCAUGUCAGCUGAAACACCAAUCACACUGAGUAUCAAUCCUCAGGAUCUGCGGGUCCAGACAUUCACUGUAGAGAAACUACUGGAGCCUCUCAUAAUCCAGGUUACUACACUUGUAAAUUGUCCCCAGAAUCCUUCCAACAGGAAAAAAGGUCGUUCAAAAAGAGCCAGAGUCCUUCUAGCUUCGGUGGAGGAAGCAACUUGGAAUUUAUUAGACAAGGGAGAGAAGAUCGCUCAGGAAGCCACAGUUUUAAAGGAAGAACUUACUGGGGCACUUGAGGAAGUUCGCAGAGAAAGUGAAGCUCUGAAAGUAUCAGCUGAGAGAUUUGCAGAUGACCCCUGUUAUCUCCCGAAAAGGGAAGCUGUGGUUCAGGCUGCCCGUGCCUUGCUGGCUGCAGUAACCAGACUCCUUGUCCUCGCAGAUAUGAUUGAUGUCAUGUGUCUCUUGCAGCACGUGUCAGCUUUUCAAAGGACGUUUGAAUCUCUUAAAAAUGUUUCCAACAAAUCUGACCUCAAGAAAACCUACCAGAAGCUUGGGAAGGAGCUUGAAAAUCUGGACUAUUUAGCCUUCAAACGUCAGCAGGACCUAAAAUCCCCAAUACAGAGGGAUGAAAUUGCAGGUGCCCGGGCCUCACUGAAGGAGAACUCCCCCAUACUGCAUUCAAUUUGUUCAGCUUGUUUGGAACAUUCUGAUGUUGCAUCCCUUAAAGCUAGCAAGGACACCGUUUGCGGAGAAAUUCAGAAUGCCCUCAAUGUAAUUUCAAAUGCUUCACAGGGCAUCCAGAACAUGUUAGCCCCACCAGAGCCUCAGGCAGCAACACUGGGCAGUGCUCUUGAUGAGCUUGAGAGUUUAAUUGUCUUGGAUCCACUCACAGUGACUGAAGAGGAAAUAAGACCGUCGCUAGAGAAACGCCUUGAAGCCAUUAUCAGCGGGGCUGCUCUGUUGGCCGACUCUUCCUGCACAAGAGAUUUCCAUCGGGAGCGGAUUAUUGCAGAAUGUAACGCCAUUCGCCAGGCUCUCCAGGACCUGCUUUCAGAGUACAUGAACAAUACUGGAAAAAAGGAAAGGAGUAAUACCCUCAAUAUUGCAAUAGAAAACAUGUGUAAGAAGACAAGAGACCUUCGCAGACAGCUCCGUAAGGCUAUCAUAGAUCAUGUGUCAGACUCCUUUUUGGAUACAACAGUCCCACUUCUGGUUCUCAUUGAAGCUGCCAAGAAUGGCCGGGAAAAGGAAAUAAAAGAAUAUGCUGCAAUAUUCCGUGAACACACCAGCAGGCUUGUAGAGGUGGCAAAUCUUGCUUGUUCCAUGUCAACAAAUGAAGAUGGGAUUAAGAUUGUCAGAGUUGCUGCCAAUCACCUGGAAACCUUGUGUCCACAGAUUAUUAAUGCUGCACUGGCUUUGGCUGCAAGACCCAAAAGUCAAGUGGUCAGAAAAACCAUGGAAAUGUACAAGCGCACGUGGGAGAAUCAUAUCCAUGUCCUCACUGAAGCUGUAGAUGACAUUACAAGCAUUGAUGACUUCCUGGCUGUAUCUGAGAGCCAUAUCUUAGAAGAUGUCAACAAAUGUAUCAUAGCCUUGAGAGACCAGGAUGCUGAUAAUCUAGACCGAGCUGCAGGUGCUAUCAGAGGACGGGCAGCAAGAGUUGCUCACAUUGUCACAGGUGAAAUGGACAGUUACGAGCCAGGGGCUUACACAGAAGGUGUGAUGAGAAAUGUGAACUUGCUGACAAGCACUGCAAUUCCUGAAUUUGUAACACAAGUCAAUGUUGCCUUGGAAGCCUUAAGUAAAAACUCUUUGGAUGUGUUUGAUGAUAGUCAAUUCGUGGACAUCUCAAAGAAGAUCUAUGAUACAAUUCAUGAUAUCAGAUGUUCAGUCAUGAUGAUUCGGACUCCAGAAGAACUAGAGGAUGUUUCUGACCUGGAAGAGGAUCAUGAGGUCCGCAGUCACACCAGCAUUCAGACUGAAGGGAAAACUGACCGAGCUAAGAUGACUCAAUUGCCUGAAGCAGAAAAAGAAAAGAUUGCUGAGCAAGUUGCUGACUUCAAGAAAGUGAAGAGCAAGCUGGAUGCUGAAAUUGAGAUAUGGGAUGAUACGAGCAAUGAUAUCAUUGUUCUGGCCAAGAAGAUGUGUAUGAUCAUGAUGGAGAUGACAGACUUCACAAGGGGCAAAGGACCACUGAAGCAUACAACUGAUGUGAUCUAUGCAGCUAAAAUGAUAUCAGAAUCAGGAUCAAGGAUGGAUGCCCUUGCUCGGCAGAUUGCCAACCAGUGCCCAGAUCCAUCGUGCAAACAGGACUUGUUGGCCUACCUGGAACAGAUUAAGUUCUACUCUCACCAGCUGAAGAUCUGCAGUCAAGUUAAAGCUGAGAUUCAGAACCUGGGGGGAGAGCUUAUCAUGUCAGCAUUGGACAGUGUCACCUCCCUGAUCCAAGCAGCCAAAAAUUUAAUGAAUGCUGUAGUGCAAACAGUGAAAAUGUCUUACAUUGCCUCAACCAAGAUCAUCCGAAUUCAGAGUCCCACUGGGCCCCGGCACCCAGUUGUGAUGUGGAGAAUGAAGGCUCCUGCAAAAAAGCCCUUGAUUAAAAGAGAGAAACCAGAGGAAACUUAUGCAGCUGUCAGACGAGGCUCAGCAAAGAAAAAAAUCCACCCAGUGCAAGUCAUGAGUGAAUUCAGAGGAAGACAAGUCUACUGA